AUGUCAGCUCGACCAUUCCGCUUCCUCGAUCUCCCUGCUGAGCUGCGCUGCAUGGUCUACGAAGCCAUCGACGUAGCGACAAGGAAAGAAAAGUGGGAACCCACGACAAGAUACGACCCCCCCAACGUCCAUAUCAAACAAGAUGACAGCUCUUCGCAAGGCAAUGGUAAACUCGUCAUGUACCGACGUGUUCUGUCAAUGUCAAUCCGGGGAACUUGCCGCCUGGUCAAUCAAGAAGCUACACCCAUCAUUGCUCAGAAACUCCAGAAAAUAGUGAAGGAGCCAGUACGUUUUCGCAUGGACUGGACAACUACCAAUUGGAUUCAGCAUGACUUUGGUGACUGCGUCGCCAUUUCCCUUGAAGAAGCAUCCGCUUAUACCCGGUCAUCCGACCCGAAAUCGCAAUUCUUCUUCACUUGCAGCUCGUACCUUAGGGAAAUCGUUCGUUUGCGCCCAGUCGACACUGCAUCUGCUGAUGUCGAAGUCACCAUUGCGAUAUCCCAACUGGAUUAUCGCGGUAUGGGGUGGAAUCGGGAUGGCAUCUCUGAUUUUGUUAAGCGUCUCUGCCACGGCUUCGCUAUUGAUCCUAACCCGAGUCGGCUUGACGAAGGUUAUAGCGCCAGUAUUCGCAUCGAUGCUAUAAUCAGCCCACAACUAGAGAAAGGUUUCCGCUUAGACAACUGGAGGAUCGUCGCCGGAAAACCAUCGAAUCACUGGAAUUACGUGGUUCACGAUCUGUCUAGAGACGAUUGGGAACAGCACGUGCAGAUGUUGAAAGAACUGUGA